GCCAGGCCGGGCGAGGGCGAGAUAGACUUACAUGUGUAGAAGACAAGGCCAGAGACACCCAAAUUAAGAUUGUGGGUUCUGAGGAGUGUGGAAAGCAUUGAGACCUAAAGAUGAGUGAGCUUGACCAGCUGCGGCAGGAGGCCGAGCAACUGAAGAACCAAAUUAGAGAUGCUCGAAAAGCAUGUGCAGAUGCAACUCUCUCUCAGAUCACAAACAACAUUGACCCAGUGGGAAGAAUCCAGAUGCGCACCAGGAGAACGCUGAGGGGGCACCUGGCCAAGAUUUAUGCCAUGCACUGGGGCACAGACUCCAGGCUCCUUGUCAGUGCUUCUCAGGAUGGGAAACUCAUCAUCUGGGAUAGCUACACCACAAACAAGGUUCAUGCCAUCCCUCUGCGUUCCUCCUGGGUCAUGACCUGUGCAUACGCUCCUUCUGGGAAUUACGUGGCCUGUGGUGGCCUGGAUAAUAUAUGUUCCAUUUACAAUCUGAAAACUCGUGAAGGGAAUGUGCGUGUGAGUCGUGAGCUGGCAGGACAUACAGGUUAUCUAUCCUGCUGCCGGUUCCUGGAUGACAAUCAGAUCGUCACCAGCUCUGGAGACACCACGUGUGCCCUGUGGGACAUUGAAACAGGCCAGCAGACAACCACGUUUACUGGACACACUGGAGAUGUCAUGAGUCUGUCUCUCGCUCCCGACACCAGACUGUUUGUUUCUGGUGCUUGUGAUGCUUCAGCCAAGCUCUGGGAUGUCCGAGAAGGGAUGUGCCGGCAGACCUUCACAGGCCACGAGUCUGACAUCAAUGCCAUCUGUUUCUUUCCCAAUGGCAAUGCCUUUGCCACUGGCUCAGACGAUGCUACCUGCAGGCUGUUUGAUCUCCGUGCAGACCAGGAGCUCAUGACCUACUCCCAUGACAACAUAAUCUGUGGGAUCACAUCUGUCUCCUUCUCCAAGAGUGGACGCCUCCUCCUUGCUGGGUAUGACGACUUCAACUGCAACGUCUGGGAUGCACUCAAAGCUGACCGGGCAGGUGUCCUAGCUGGACACGACAACCGUGUCAGCUGCUUGGGGGUGACUGAUGAUGGCAUGGCUGUGGCAACAGGGUCCUGGGACAGCUUCCUCAAGAUCUGGAACUAAGGCCAGUAGAUUCUGUUCACAGCAGCAGGUGGAUGCCAUCGUGACUGGAAGACCAUUCCAACCUUGAAGCGUUACAGCGAUAGCAUAUCCUAUCCAACCGUACUAACGUGGACACCCACACCUCCCCUCAGAACUUCUAAAGGGCAAGAUCUUUUUUUCUUCACUUACUGCUGAAACCAAGAGCACAAUCCCCACUAAGAGAAGGCUCUAUGCUGUAACUGAGCAGACUGUGCAUUCCUCCCGGGGCCACUGUCUUUGUUUUCUUUUUUGUCUUGGAUGAAUCUUAAAAGGAAAUACCACAAUAAAAAUGUUAACCAGAAGGUACCCUGAGUGUGACUGAGACAGAUACGCCUCUUCACCAGUUCACUUGAAUUUAGACCAGUGAUCCUGGUUUGUGGCAUUCAUGCAAACCAAGAUGGGGACUUUGUUAUCUUGUAGUUGUUUCUAAAUAUCAAGUCGUUGGUAGCCGGGUUUUGGAAGCAUUCUCACAUUUCCUUCUUAAAUAUAUUCCUUCAUGUUCAGUAGUUAACAGAACCAGAGCAAAUGGCAGUCUGACCUGUCAGUGACUCAGUUCCGUCCCUGGCUCUUUAUUUUUGUCUCAUGUCACAGAUAACUGUUGCACACAAACAUGGCAUAGUAGAAGAGGAAAAUUCAGAAGCGAAGUAGCCAAGCACAUGUUGUGAUGGCCACCAGUGCUUGGUUAGAGUCCUUCCCCUUUGCUGAGCAGUGAACUCACACCUGGCAUCCAUCCCUUCUGACCUGUCCUCCCACCACCUAGUUUCUGCUCUUACCUUGGGUUUCCUGUGAAGCUGAAGGGAAGUUUGUAGUCAUGUGACACUGGCCGUCCACCCUGCCGUCAGGGGCUUGUUUUCCAGAGAUGCCUGUCCUGUGCUUGGAUAGUCAGUUGGUUAUUUGUGUAUGAAACAAUGUACAAAUCAAUGUUUUGAAAAUAAUGAUCUCAAACUUUCUAAGUUAAAUUUUAAACAAUUUGAUUGUUUGCCAUAUUGGGUGGGUUUACUCUUAGAAUCGCAUGCUGUAGAAAUGCUCUAAAGUGCACAUAGGACUCAGUCCUUAGAUGUUCUUUUUCUUUUAAGAAAUAACCUCUUAAAGUUGUAACCGUGGCGGCUCUGUCCAUUACUGUUGCUACUCUGCACAUAUAUCGGAAGCAGCAAGCGCUCUACACGCUUGAAUAGUGGGAUAAGUCAGUUUUCUUUACUUUAAAGACAAACAAAACAGUCCUGUUGGGAAUGAUCGCUGUUGGAAUCCGGUUGGGGGAGCCGCCUGCUGCCUCUUGGCCACUUUCUAGACGCCUGCCUCCAUGAACAGCCUUUUGCGUCUGAGGCAGACCCUUUUUACACCAUGCAGAUCUUUGUGGUUUUCAUCUCGAGCCAUGUUCAGCAGCAGCAUUUGGACAGCAGUGUUCUAUGGGCCCCCAACCCCAUAUCCUGCACCCCCCACCCUCACCUUUCCACCCCCCAUCCCUGUAACCUGCACCCCUCAUGCAGCAGUAGUGGCUUCGCCAUCCUGUUUUCAGCAGCGUCCUGUACAAAACUGUGCUGUGACUGUGCGGUAGGCCUGGACCUGGCAAAGAGAACACAGCGAAGCCCCUUCUCUGUCCACCAAACGACUCUGUAGAGCUCUGCACCUGUGCCCUUCUCACCUUUUGUAUUUAAUUUUGAAGUCCGUGUACUGCAAGGGGGCUGGAUGCAAGGUAGAUACCAUAUUAAACUGUACUGUUAUUUAAGAUGUAAUAAAGCAGUUUGACAUGAGGGA